GCUCAACCAGGUCCUAAGCUUUGAAUUGCGGAGAGCGGCAGACAGAAGACGGGAACUGGAAGAGAAAGCUGAAAGCGCCGACGACCAACUCCAGCCUGUCACUACGCAGCGACGCCCCGCCUCCAGCCUCCAGUCUGCAGGACCACGGCCGCACGACGCCCUACCAGUCCGGCAGUCCACUGUCCACGCUAGGCCGCUACCGCAGUAACAGAUCCGCUCCUGCCGCCCACAGCUUAGUCCUCCGCCGCACUCACCUCCCGACUAUUAUACAAUUGACUUCAAUUCGGCUCCCCUGUCUGCUACAUUACCUACAUACGCUGCUAGCAGAACGGAGGUCAUCCGGAAUGGGGAUUUUUGAACCAUUUAGAGCCAUUGGAUAUAUCACGAACAACGUUCCCUUCUCCGUUCAAAGACUAGGAACUGAGACCUUCGUCACCGUUAGCAUCGGCAAAGCUUUCCAGAUUUACAAUUGCGCUAAGCUCAGUUUGGUUCUAGUUGGCCCCCAACUACCAAAGAAGAUACGAGCUCUUGCUUCCUACCGAGACUACACAUUCGCUGCCUAUGGAAAUGAUAUUGCAGUGGUCAAACGUGCUCAUCAGGUGGCUACUUGGAGCAGGCAUAGUGCCAAGGUUAACCAUUUGCUGCUUUUUGGCGACCACAUCUUAAGUGUCGAUGUUGAAGGCAACAUCUUGACAUGGAACUUUAAGGGAAUAAAUGAGAACCUUGCUCCAGCUGGACAUUUAUUGCUAGAAGGCAAAAUUACGCCUAGCUGCAUAAUGCAUCCAGAUACUUAUUUAAACAAGGUCAUUGUUGGAACUCAAGAAGGAACUCUUCAACUUUGGAACAUUAGCACAAAUAAAAAGCUGUACGAGUUCAGUAGGUGGGGAUCUUCUAUAAAUUGCUGUAUUUCAUCUCCAGCACUAGAUGUUGUUGCUGUAGGAUGUGCCGAUGGGAAAAUUCAUAUUCAUAACCUUCGUUAUGAUGAAGAAAUAGUUACAUUUACCCAUUCUUCCCGGGGUUCUGUUACUGCAUUAUCUUUUAGUACUGAUGGGCAGCCCCUUUUAGCAUCCGGAAGCUCAUCUGGUGUGAUCAGCAUAUGGAACCUUGAGAAGAGAAGGUUGCAGUCUGUCAUUAGAGAGGCCCACGAUUCAACUGUAGUCUCACUUCAUUUCUUUGCUAAUGAGCCUGUGCUUAUGAGCUCAUCUUCUGACAAUUCAAUAAAAAUGUGGAUUUUUGACACAACUGAUGGUGACCCCCGUUUACUACGAUUCAGAAGUGGUCACAGUGCACCCCCUUUAUGUAUCAAGUACUACGCCAAUGGGAGACACAUUUUAUCCGCUGGUCAAGAUCGUGCCUUCCGCCUCUUCUCUGUUAUUCAGGACCAGCAGAGUAGAGAGCUUUCUCAACGACAUGUGGCUAAAAGAGCAAAGAAAUUCAAAUUGAAGGAAGAAGAGAUAAAGUUAAAGCCUGUUCUUGCAUUUGACGUUGCUGAAAUUAGGGAACGCGAUUGGUGCAAUGUUGUUACGUGUCACAUGGACACCACUCAAGCAUAUGUUUGGAGGCUUCAAAAUUUCGUUCUUGGUGAGCAUAUCCUUCGCCCAUGUCCAGCAAAUCCAACACCGGUCAAAUCGUGCACAAUAAGUGCAUGUGGAAAUUUUGCAGUUUUAGGGACAUUGGGCGGUUGGAUCGAGCGGUUUAACCUUCAAUCUGGAAUCAGCCGUGGCAGUUACAGUGACUGCAAUUCACAAGGAAGAAAUGGAUAUGCCCAUGAUGGAGAGGUUAUCGGCAUAGCUUGUGAUUCUACAAAUACCCUCAUGAUAAGCGCGGGAUAUCAGGGUGAUGUGAAAAUCUGGGGCUUUAAAGGAAGGGGGUUGAAGUCUAGAUUGGACAUAGGUUGCUCUCUAAUUAAGAUCGUUUACCAUCGAUGUAAUGGUCUUUUGGCAACUGUGGCGGAUGACAUGGUGAUCCGUUUGUAUGAUGCUAUUGCAUUGAGGAUGGUUCGAAAAUUUGUGGGCCAUGCGGAUCGCAUUACAGAUGUAUGCUUCAGCGAGGACGGUAAAUUGCUAUUGACAUCUAGCAUGGACGGGACACUUAGAAUUUGGGAUGUUAUCCUAGCUAAACAGAUUGAUGCCAUACAAGUUGAUAUAGCGAUAACUGCGUUAUCUCUAUCUCCUAACAUGGAUGUCCUAGCCACCACUCAUGCUGAUCAAAAUGGUGUAUAUCUAUGGGUCAAUCAGGCCAUGUUUUCUGGAGCUUCUAGUUUUGAAUCUUAUGGAAGUGGAAAAGAAGUUGUGCGUGUUAAGAUGCCCUCAAUUUCCUCGGUAGAAGAAGCUUGCCAAGAUAAUGAUGGGAAAGACACUGUAAUAAAGACUCAAGAGAAGUUUCUAGAUUCUUCUCACUUUGUGACUUCUGACCAGCAAAUUCCAGAUCUAGUAACACUAUCACUAUUGCCGAAGAGUCAGUGGCAAAGUUUGAUCAAUUUAGACAUCAUAAAGGAGCGAAACAAACCUAUUGAGCCUCCAAAGAAACCAGAGAAGGCUCCGUUUUUCUUACCCUCAAUUCCCUCUUUCUCUGGUGAAAUAUUAUUUAAACCUAAUGAAGAAGUUGCCAAGGAGAAGGUUUCACAAGACGGUGAACAGGAGGAGGUCCGCAGACAACCAAAUCUUCCAGUCUCUCAGUUCUUGCAUGUUCUUCAGUCAUCCGCAGAGAGUCAAAAUUUUUCAGCAUUCACUAAUUAUAUUAAAAGUUUGUCUCCUUCAAUGCUGGAUAUGGAAAUGCGAGUGCUUCAACUUAUUGACGACGAGGAAGAUGUUGUGAUGGAAAGACAGGAAUUGUACUUCAUUGAAUUGCUGCUGGACUAUUUUAUACAUGAGAUUUCAUGCAUGAGCAACUUUGAGUUCAUACAGGCUCUUAUUAGAUUGUUUUUAAAGAUCCAUGGUGAAGUAAUACGUUGCAAGCCGCAGUUGAGGGAAAAGGCGCAGAAACUUCUAGAAAUCCAGUCGAGCGUUUGGCGAAGAGUUGACAAGUUAUUCCAGAGUAGCAGAUGUAUGGUCGCAUUCCUUAGCAAUUCACAAUUUUGACCAUUUAGCUUAAUUCUCCUUUUGUUUGAUUGAUUGAGCAACCCUUGGAAAUGUGUAUUGGUUUUGGAAGAACGAGACUAUUAAUUAAGUUAAAAGGGCUUGGUAGCAAAGGGACUUAGUUUUCUUCAAAGUCAUGACUUGCACUGAGUUCAGGGGCUACAAAUGGUGUUAAGAACUAGGGUAUAUUUUUAAAAUCUCAUUUGGUAAGUCACCUUAAGGAUCUGUGGAAAAAUACUACUCAUACAGAUCCAUAUGCACAAGAAAAUAAUUGAAGUGCAUUUUUGUGAAGUGC